GGGUGACCAGGGUGCUGGGGAGUGGAGGUGAGGGUAUUGGAGGUCCCCGUGGUGCUGGGGUCAUGGGGAUCUGGAGGUGGGGUAUGGGGGAACCCAGAGUGAUGGAGGAUUGGAGGUGAGGUAUUGGGGUGCCCAAGGUGCUGGGGACCUGGAGGUGAGGGUAUUAGGCUACCCAGGGUGCUGGAGACCUGGAAGUAGGGGUAUUGGGGUACACAGGGUACUGGGGACCUGGACAUGGGGGUGUCGGGUUGCCCUAGGGUGCCGAGGAGUGGUGGUGGGAGUAUUAGGAUUUCCAGGGUGCUGGGGACUGGAGGUGGAGUCAUAGAUGGGUGCCCAGGUCCUGGGAUGCUGGGGACUGGGAGGUGGGGUGUCGGGGGUGCCCAGGGUGCUGGGGACUCUGAUGUGCUGGGGAUCCUGGUGUCCACGGUGCUGGGGGACCUGGUUUUUGGGGGUGCCCCAUCCCCCACGCCACAUUGCUCAGCAGCUCCCCCAUCCCACAGUGCCCGAUGCCCCUCCCCGCCUGACGCCGCCACCAUGGCCGGGUCGCAGGGCUGCGGUGAGGGGAAGAUCGCGGGGCUGUAUGACCUGGAGCGCACACUGGGCAAGGGCCACUUUGCUGUGGUGAAGCUGGCGCGGCACGUCUUCACCGGCCAGCGGGUGGCCGUCAAGGUGAUCGAUAAGAGCAAGCUGGCGGGGGAGGCAGCGGGGCAGCUCCUGCAAGAGGUGCGCUGCAUGAAGCUGGUCCAGCACCCCAACGUGGUGCGCCUCUACGAGGUCAUUGACACCCAUGCCAAGCUCUACCUCAUCCUGGAGCUGGGCGAUGGCGGGGACAUGUUUGACCACAUCAUGCGGCACGAGGGCGGGCUGGCCGAGACGCGGGCCAAGCACUACUUCGCCCAGAUCGUCCACGCCAUCUCCUACUGCCACAAGCUCCACGUGGUGCACCGUGACCUCAAGCCCGAGAACGUGGUCUUCUUCCAGGAGCAGGGAGUGGUCAAGCUCACCGACUUCGGCUUCAGCAACCGCUUCCAACCUGGCAAGAUGCUCACCACCAGCUGCGGCUCGCUGGCCUACUCGGCACCCGAGAUCCUGCUCGGGGAUGAGUACGAUGCCCCGGCUGUCGACAUCUGGAGCCUGGGGGUCAUCCUCUACAUGCUGGUGUGCGGCCACCCCCCCUUCCAGGAGGCCAACGACAGCGAGACCCUCACCAUGAUCAUGGAUUGCCGCUACACUGUCCCCCCGCACGUCUCUGCACAGUGCGCUGAUCUCAUCUCCAGGAUGCUGCAGCGGGACCCGAAGCAGCGAGCCUCCCUGGAGCAGAUCGAGGGCCAUGCGUGGCUGCAGGGGGUGGACCCGUCCCCCGCCAGCCGCUGCCUGCUGCCCCUCACCUCCCACAAGCGUGUGUCCGAGGAGGAGCACGAAAUCAUCCUCCAGGCCAUGAUGUGCGGGAACAUUGCGGAUCGGGAUACCAUCCAGGAGGCACUGGAAGCUGACCGCUACAACCACAUCACAGCCACGUAUUUCCUGCUGGCGGAGAGGAUGCUGCGGGAGAAGCAGGAGAAGCAGGGCCACCGCCUCAGCCUCGUCUACAACCUGGCCAAGGAGGUGCAGAGCAGGACCAACUUAUCGGACACGUUCGGCCCCAUGGGCAGCACCAGCGGCCUCUUGCCCUUUACAGAGGUGCCAGGCGGCCUCGCCGUGGGGUCCCGGCUGCCUCCCCUGCCCACUGGAGGGGACAUCGGCGGCCGGCAGCCCCCCCGGACCCUGCUGAAGGUCCCCGCUGUUGACACCACCAUCACCAAGAGCACCCCGGCCCUGCAGCAGAUCUGCGAGGAGGAAGAGGAAGAGGAGGAGGAGGAGGAGGAGGGGAGGCCCAGCGCCAUGGAGAGGAAGAGCAGCUCGCUGAACCAGGAGCAGAUGCGAGCCUUCCUACACGCCCGCCGCCCACCUGGCCGCAGGGAGGUGUGGGGACUGGGGGCCGAGCUGGGGGGCCGGGGUGGGUGCCUGGGGGCGGCCUGGGCCAGGAAGGGAGUGAGGGGGGGCCGGGGUCCCCGAGCGAUGCAGGGGGACAGAGCUGAGCCCCCUAGGAGGGAGGAGGACAGAGAGCCUGGGGGUUCCUCGGCAGAGCUCCCCAGGGAAAGGGGAGCCAGCCCAUCAUCCCGGAGCAGCUCUGCUGGGGUCCCCCAGGUGCUGGGGGCAGAGACGACCCCCACCACCCUCCCGAGCCCCAUGGACAAGUCCCCGGGGCAGGGGGCACCCACCAGCCCGGCCUGGCAGCCAGUGGAGAGCUCAGGCCCAGGGGGCACUGAGGGGGGUGCAGAGAGCGUGAUCAAGCUGGACCCGGGCAAGAGCAAGGGGGGCAGCCUGCGGGACAGGCUCCUGCAGUUCCCGCUCUGCGAGAAAGCCCUGGCCUUCAAAUUCCGGCCAGGCUCCAAGGAGAGCCUCCUCUCACUGGGGCAGUUCAACUGCUGCCAUGUCAUUUAAGUCCCUGGGGUGAGGGUCCAGGAGGGCGACAGCUCCCCUGCCUUUGGUCUGCUUGUGACCCGCAGAGCAUGGGGCUGGUGGGGGUCACGGUGCCCCUGCUUUGUCACCUGUGGUGCCCACCCAGCUAGCACCCACCCCCGGCACUUGCUGCGACAGACCCCCUGGGAUGGGACUGUCCGGGGGAUGAGGUGGGUUUGGGGUCCAUCCCUACCCCAGCCAGCCUGUCCCCAAACCCCUGGGGCUGCCAGGGGCAGCUCCAUGGCCCCGCCGGGGUUGGAUGGACCACAACACAUUUUUUAACUACUAGAAAUAAUUUUUUUAAAUAGUCUAUUUUAAUGUAAUUAAAUAGAGAUUGCUAUAUCCCCUCACCGGGACGGCAGCUCCCUCCCCAGCCCCGCAGCGUGCAUGGCCCCAGGGCCAGGCUGUCUUGCCCACGGUGGCCGUGGGGCAAUCAUUUGUCUGCCUGCAGCGUGUCACCCCCCCCAUGCCGUCCCCGCGCCCCGGCCGGGGCCAGGCACAGCCCUGCCUGUGGCUGCGCGUGACUCGAGGCUGUCCCCUGGGCCUCCCCUGCAAAUAAGCUUCCUAUUUAUUAUCUCUUUGUUUUCUUGCUGGCAAGAAAUGAAUGACGACUGAGGCGCGGGCCAGAGCUCGGCCUGAGCUGUGCGGCAGGCGCGCAGGAGGGAUCGGAGCCGCUGGGAAGCAAAGUUUAUCGGGCCAAUAAAAUAAGCUCGUGGGUUGA